CGGGCUCCGGCUGGCUGAGCGUCUGCGGGGGCUCCUCUCCUCCAUCUCCGCCGUGAUCCGCCACACGUGUGCGGUGAUGCUGAAACCAUGCAGCUUUUUGUGAGAGCGCAGAGUCUGCACACCCUUGAGGUCUCUGGCCAGGAGACUGUUGCCCAGAUCAAGGCUCACAUCUCCUCCCUUGAGGGAAUUUCCUCUGAAGAUCAGGUUAUUCUACUUGCCGGUACCCCUCUCUCCGAUGAAGCCACCUUAGUCCAAAGUGGAGUGUGUGAACUCAGCACAUUGGAUGUAGCCGCUCGUCUUUUGGGAGGUAAAGUCCAUGGUUCUCUAGCUCGUGCUGGAAAAGUACGAGGCCAGACUCCAAAGGUGGCCAAGCAAGAGAAGAAGAAAAAGAAGACUGGCAGGGCAAAAAGGCGCAUGCAGUACAACAGGCGUUUUGUCAAUGUGGUUCCCACCUUUGGCAAGAAGAAGGGACCAAAUGCCAACUCUUAAUUUGACAGAGUUAAUAAAAAUGUAGUUUCAUCA